AUUGACCAAGAGUCCUUGCUGUGGGCGUCAGCGGCGCGAGGAUAAAAGGACUCCGUGUUCCCAUCAGCGAGGGCAGUACCACUCUGUCUGGCCUAUCGCCCUCCCCCCGCAAGACAAUUUCCAACACCUGUCCCCCGCCCCUCACACACCGACCACACGACCUCGACCUCAACACAAUUCAGCGACUCACUCAUCUCCCACUUCGCAGCCUCCACGCGGCCAGCACAAUGUCCUACCCCUCCGUCAUCAGUCAGAAGGGCUCCGCCGCGCGCAACCUCGAGCCCGUCCUCGAAGCCCUCGCGCCGCUGAUCAAGCCCCCGCCCGCUGCAGCCCCAGCAGCCGACCCCGAGACCCCGCACCAGCCCAACCCGCGCCCCUGCCUCCCGCCAUCGACACCAGCGCGGCGCGUGCUCGAGCUCGCGUCGUACCCCUACGAGCACAUCCGCGCGUAUGCGGCCACUUGGCCCGACGUCGAGUUUACCGGCACGGUGCGCGACGCGACCGAGGCGGCUGGCGUUGGGUCGGGCGCGGACUUUCCCCCGAAUCUCAGACGGCCGGCACAGCUCGACGUCGCUGUUGACGAGGACUGGGAGCUGCUCCGUGGUCACACGGGCGAGGGGUACGAUGGCGUCGUGAUGCUCAACCUCGUCCACUGUAUGCCUGAAGGCGCGGCAGAGGACGUGUUCCGUAACCUCUCGCCUCUGACUCCUGGCGGACGCAAGCUCCUCGGGCCGUGCGGCUGGAUCGCGGCGUACGGCGCAUAUCUCAACGACGACGGCAGCUUCCGGUCCGAGGCGGACAAGAAGUUUGACGCCGAGCACAUCAAGGCGACGCACCCUUCGCUCGGGCUGCGCACCCCGCACUCUGUGACGGCGCUAGCCAACAAGUGGGGCUUUGACGAGGUCGUGCGCGCCGACAUGCCCAAGGGCAACCUGUGGCUCGUGUGGCAGGCGUGUACGCGCACCGAGGCCGACAUGACUGGGCGCGAGAGUUGGAUUGCGUCGCCAUAGGCCAGCCAUUGGGCGGCGAGUUGAUUAGCUUUGUAUUUUUUUCCUUCUCAGUGACAUCAUUGGAAUCUAUUGAUUAGGAUUAGGCUGCUCGUGGAUGGAUGGCAUGCCAUGCUGCA